GCGAGAUGUUGGAGCGCAGAAUUCCGAUAUCUCUCUUGGAUUCCCGCAUACAGCCAACCAGUCACUCCCAACACUGCAAUCGAUUGUUCUGUGAGGAGGAUUCCAUCUGAUUCUCGCUCGGCUUAACAGAAAGAGAAACCUUCAAAAAUGUUUUGGCAUCAGUUGACGAGUUUAUUUUGUUAAACGUGCGGUUUUAUAACCCGGAGAGAUGGCAGUCCACGUGUCCCAGGAUGAUCGCUCUGACUCAAGCACAAUCACCCGUGAUCGACUUUACAUCAGUCCUACCAACGCGGAAUCCCGCUAUCCCGGUACACCUCGUGUCAGCAUUACGUGCUAUCCAGGGUCACCACGCGUCAGUGUUGGUUACCACGGUAACACAUCAAUUCCCAGUCUUGACGCUCUAAGCUUAAACAAAAAUCGCCGAAGAAGUACUAUUCAUUCGUACAACCUAGUGAACUACUACGCCGCCCUACCACAGGAUUCAAGCAAUAAUAGAUCAAUUAGAGCGAUGACAGAGAGAAAAGCAUACAAGAAUAUAAUUGUAUUGGGGCUGUCAUUCAUGUUUGUUCACACCGCCUUUGUGUCCAUUCUUAGCCUUCAAAGCAUCAUGAACCCUGAUGGAGGAAUAGGUGUUGUUUCAAUUAGCUGUAUAUACUCAACGACUGUUGUAUCAUGCCUGUUAGCACCUCUUAUAAUAAACACAAUUACAACCAAAUGGACAAUGAUAGCGGCGUUCAUACUGUUCACAGGUUAUUUUGCGGGGAACUUUUACCCGAGUCAAUUUCUUCUGAUACCUCUUGGUCUGCUGCUAGGUCUGCUGGGAGGUCCAUUGAUGGCUGCACAGAUGACAUACGUUACUACAGUCGCGUUAACGUACGCUAAUCACGCACUGGUGUUAGACCAAGAGAGCGUCGUUAAUAAGUUUAUGGGAAUAUUCUGUGCUUUCUACAGAAGUAGCUACAUCUGGGGAAAUUUGAUCACAACAUUAGUCUUAUCAAGUAACCAGACACUGCGUUUUGUAGAUGAGAAUACAAAUAAUUUUUUGACACCAGGGAACUUUACUACCAUCGAAUCGAAUCCACAAAAUAUGUCAAUGCAUUGCGUUUGUGGGUCACUUACCUGCGAUGUUAACGAGUUCAUAAAUGACGGGGAAAUGUACGACAUAAACAGUAACCCAUAUUUUCAUGAAACCGAAAUACCAGAAGACAUUAAAUUCAUGCUGCUGGGUAUAUAUCUAGGCUGCGGCACAAUGGCUGUGGUUAUUCUUAUUGCACUGCUUGAUGGAGACGUUGGUUCAAAAAGAAUCAACAACGACCUGAAAAUCACGGUAAAGGAACUUUUUCUAUCAACCAUACACAUGCUGAAAGAUUCCCGGUGCCAGCUGCUGAUCCCUCUUGUUCUCUUUGUCGGUCUGGAACAGGGAUUUAUCUUUGGAGAUUUCACCAAGUCAUUCGUGACCUGCACAAUGGGAGUGUACAGUCUGGGGCCCAUCAUGAUGUGUUUUGGUGGAGUCAGUGCCCUCGCUUCUAUUGUCAUAGGCUGCAUUGCAAAACACAUCAAGAGGUUUGCGUUCAUCACAGCGGGAGCGACGUUCAACGUGGGCCUGCUGAUCGUCCUGUGGCUGUGGAAUCCUCAGCCCGGGGAUGUUCCAAACUUUUUUGUCGUGUCCGCAUGUCUUGGUCUCUGUGAUGCCAUAUGGCAGACGCAAACAUACACUUUAUUUGGAGUUUUAUUCGUGGACAAACAAGAAGCAGCGUUCGCUUCCUACAGGAUGUUUUACGCAACCGGAUGUGCAGUUUCAUUCGGAUAUUCGUUUUUCCUUUGUGUGCAGACGAAAGUGUACAUAUUGGCGGGAAUGUUGUUCCUCGCUCUCUGUAUGUACAGUAUCAUUGAAAUGAAAGUCCAACUUCAGAGUCAGCAUAUUAAAGAUAUUGUUGCCUUUUAAGGAGCAAACAGAACUUGGUUACCAUGAUUGCAAAGCCAUAUUUGCCCCAUGACAUCUCCUGCAGCUGACAUCGGAACUACACAGUGUUAGUCUUGUAUUAUAUUGUUUACUGCUGGGAGAUUAAUAUAGUAUUAUACCUAAAAGAGAUAUUGAAUGUCGUUUAUGUUGUAUCUUUGUUUUAUAUGAUGCUGAACUGUGUUGUUUAUUUUGUCUGUUUUUGCUAUUGUUGUUAACUAUUUUACAAGUAUAAUCCAAAUAUACGGUUAAUGAAUA